UCCCCAUCGAAGUAAUCCAAGAAGAGAGCAGUAGUGUUUCGCCAAGACACACUGGUGAACACCCUUUAUCAGAGUCUGAAACAGAAAUGCCUCCGGCAAGGGUGGAUCUAGCUGGGAGCAGCUCCUGCGAGAAGACUGUCGGGGAAGACGCAAGUCAGUCAGAUAGUAGACAAGGUUCAGGAACGGAGCCAGAUGGAACGACUGCGAGUCCGAAGGCGGGGAAAAAAGGCUCAGGAAGGAGGGUCCGAUUUCCUGAAGGGAGUCUCGUUAUGAGCGAGUAUGAGCCACCCAAUCCGUGGAUUAAUGCAAAGGAAACCUGCACUGAUGAGCUUUGUGCUGCAUAUCAAGCUGGGUGUGCUCAGAUGAAAGUCAAACCAAGUCCAAGUAUCAUUCGUCAACUCCAGAUGGUGAAGGAUUUCACAGUCCGAGCAGAGAGUCUCAAUCUUCAAGGUGAGAAACUGGAACUGAAAGUAGUUGAGACUUUAGAGGAGGUAUUCAAGAGGGUUCAGUUCAACACAAUAGAUGUCGAAGGCACAUCAAUGGACGAUGAGGCUACCAUGGCAAUGUGUGAAAUGGUCGAGUUUUAUCAGUCUACCUGUAAGCUCAUCUACGCAAGCAACAGAUCCAUCGGGUUCAGAGGGUGGCAGGCAGCCUCAAGGCUUCUCAGACGGACACCCUGCCUGCACACUUUUGAUGCAAGAAACACCUGUUGGACAGAGCACAGUAUGCCAGCCAUGUCGAGGGCUAUGCGAGUAGAUUCUUCUAUCACAGCACUGCACCUAGAAGCCUGUAACCUUUCUGGGAGACCACACUUUCUACUCAUGUCAGCUCUUCGUACAAACUCAACUUUGAGGGAGAUUUUCCUGGCAGACAAUCGUUUGAUGCCCUCUGAUGCAAUCCACAUUGGUGGAAUGUUACGACACAACUCUGGUCUUAAACUCUUGGACCUUAGAAAUAAUAAUAUACAGGAUGCAGGUCUCUCUCACAUCAGCAAUGGUCUAUCAGCCCAGUCUAAGGGAGGUCUCUCAACUCUUGUACUCUGGAAUAACCACAUCACUCAUAAUGGUGUAGCUCACCUCGGUAAAGCACUGAUAAAGUCUACCAAUCUAGAAACCCUGAAUCUGGGUCAGAACAACCUUGGAACUGAUGGAAUCCACUUCUUGAAGGAUGGUCUAAUGAAGAACAAAGCCCUGAUGAGGCUUGGGCUUUAUGCAUGCAAGAUAUCAGAUGAAGGUGCGGUAGCCCUGGCUGAAUACCUAGCAGAUAACUGUUAUCUGAUGAGACUAGAUCUACGAGAGAAUGAUAUACGGACUGGAGGCAUGAUGGCGCUAUCACUCUCGUUAAACGUCAACACUAUCCUUCUCAGACUAGACCUGGAUAAAGAUGUCAAGAAAGAAUCACUCAAAGGCUAUGAGGAACUCCAACAGUCUUUACUCUCUGAAAUGUGCAGCCACCUUUCACGGAAUCGAAAAAUCCUCGAACAACGACAAAAAGAAGAGGAGGAACGGGCGAAGAAUGCUUAUGCAAAUCAAACGGCACAAUCAGAAAAGACAGACAAUGAAAAUGAUCAUGCAUCAGAAGGGCAGUCGGAUCCCACAUUGAAUGAAGUGAGCGGGAAGGAAGCGGUGAGGGACACUAGGGACCCUUUGAUGGGCAUUGAGAGUGCUCAGGAGGCACUCGUGGUCUUAGGAAGCAGACCUAAAAGUGGACAAAAGCCCCAGAAUGCCAGUAAAGACGGAAAACCACAAGAAGGAGGAGACAAUGUGAGUGGUAUAGAACAAAAUGGGGGAGAGGAAGAGCAAAUAUCAGCAAUACCAGUUCAAACUUAUUCAGGAGGAGAAUCAAUACCAACUCAAGAAGUACCACCAUCAUCAUCAUCAUCAUCUUCAGCAUCAUCUUCAGCCUCUGCUUCCAGUGUACUGCCAAGUCAACACCAAACAGCAUCUGAAGGACAGGACCUAUUCAACAACGCCCAGUCCACAUCAGCCAUACCGUUCCUAGGUCAUCAUGGCUCUCACCGCGCAAGCAUUACAAAAAUCGAAAUCCCCAAGGAUGAAUCUAAACUUCUUCACAGCGACAGCAUCGACGUGGAGUCUCCGACGUCACCAACAAGCUUCAAACCCCUGGACAUUCCAAGUGUAAUCCAGGAUGUCAAUGAAGAACAAGGUGGACAAUCACCAGGGAUCAAGACGGUGGUUGGGAGGGCGAUUGGAGAAGCAGGAGAGGUAGGAGAGGUACCUAGUCCUGACACAGAACCAUUCGGGAGAGGAGUACCGUUGAAUAUAGAUGGAAAGAUCGGGAAUCGUCUCAUGGCUGGGAUGACUGAGAAUCAAUUUGUACCAGCUCAGGCUGAAAAGCUUAAUGUUGACCCAGAACCUUCACCAGUCUUAGAAAAGGACUUAGAUCAUAUGCUUGCUGCUGCUCAUGGUUUGUAGAAAGGUGCUGACAGCAGCCGUAUUUGAUAACAGGACAAGUUACUUCAUAAUUGCUCAUUGCUUAUUCAUUGCCUUGAUACAAGCCUUGUGUUCACCCAGCCAGUCUUAUAUAUAGAUGCUAUGGAGAAAAAUACAUUGCCAGCUGUUUUGCUUUAUGUAAUAUGACAUACGCUUUAUAGAAGUGUAAACCUUUUCAACAGUAACCAGCUGUGUCGUGACUGAUAAAGAAUGUACAUGACUGAGAAAGAAGGUACAUGUAUGUAUAUCUAAUGUAUCUAAUCUAUUUAAUAUAAAGAUAUCACAAAUGGUCACUUUUGAGGGAGAAGAUCCUCUGAUAGAUAAAUAAAAGUUUUGUACGAAUGAAUUGAAAUUCUGGGAAUAAAAAGAAAUAAUAGGAAGAAAUAUUGGAAAUAAUUGCUAUAACAUUGGUUAUCAGUCAAACUCGCUUGCACGAGGACUAUUUCCUCUGCUUCCAACGCACCCAUCUCCAAGCAUGAAUAAUAUGGUAGAGUUUUAUAGGGCUGUUGUAUUUGAGACUUGUUAGAUUAUUCACUAGUGUGCAUCCCCGAGUAUUCCAGUGGUGUUCUUUCCGUAUGCCUGUAGAAAGUGAUUUUAAUUAGUCAACUGGCAUUAUUAGUCACCACCUUCUUACACUGCCAUCAUUAAAUCCAAACAGUUCUAGAACAUGCAGAUCAUAUUUAACUUAUUGUUUUAACAAAAUAUUUGAAGACAACUUUGCUCUUUUUUUGCUCUAUAUGUUUUCAGUACUAACUGCAAAUCACCAAAGUUUUCAAGAAUAGUGCAGGGAUAGGCAAGGGCUCCAAGCUCUUUGUAAUGCUAUGGGUUUUGAAAGGAUUUGAUGUUGCAAUAUGAUAAUCAUAAUAAUAUUCCUUCUUAUGUAGCACAAUUAAAUAUUUAAAAGAAAUCUAUUCCUUUGCAUCGAAGAUUCAUAUCCUGGCUUCAGGCAUCCAUUAUAAGCAU